AUGGAACGCCGCAUCACUCGCUCUGCAACACGAGCUGCCGCUACAUUGUUUGAAGGAGAAGAGAACAGCCCUUCUAUCGCUCGGGCACAAAACACCACUAAAGUGAACAAACGGAAACGUCUCAAUCCCACUGGCAAUUUCAAUGACCCCAAUACUCAGUAUACAUCCAAAACCGAGCCAACCACUGAGUCGAAAUCCUCCAAAGAUUCAAAUCCAACAAUUAAGCAAGAGAAGCCAGUGUUGCCCCCAGGCAUGUUUGAUGAACUCCCUCACAACCUAGGACCUGUCCCGACACCAUUGUCUAAAGCAAUAGGGCCCACAGCCUCAAUUGCUGGAUCUGACAAGGAAAACCAAACUGUAAGGGAAAAUCCGGUUUUUAAUCUGGCUAUAGAACUUGAAGACACUGUGAACAAAGCACCGACGAAGUUGAAGAAAGAUUCCAAGAUUCAAACUACCCCAAUCGGCCGCAAGCCAAAAAAAAAUACCUAUGGCUUGACGCCUGGUAUCUCACCUUUCCCGGAACUGGCUCGACCAACUGCUGGGGAGUGUGAAGAUGUCAAUCAGUUGUUGUCCAGCAUUCAUGGCGUAUGUAAUGCUCCAGAAACCAUACCUGAGCCCUCCCUGUCAGUCACCGGGUGUGGUGAGGUCCCAUCCGUUCUGGAUGCUUUAAUCCGCACUCUUCUCAGCGGUGCUACCACAGGCAACAAUGCUGCCAAGGCCUUUGGCGGGCUUGUGCAACGAUUCGGCAUUCUUUCAGAAGGCAUUGGCAAGGGAAGUGUCAAUUGGGAUGCCGUACGACAAGCCACUGUGAAAGACGUGUUUGAAGCGAUCAAAAGUGGUGGUUUGGCCGACGUCAAAAGCAAGAACCUCAAGGCGAUUCUUGACAUAGUCCACGAGGACAACCAGGCACGCCGAGCUACAUUGCUAGAUUCUGAGUCCAAGAUAGACUCAUUGUCCAAGCUGGUCCCCGAAAAGGCAGAAACGGAUAAGCAAUACGAGAUUGCCUGCGCAGAUCAGAACUUCCUCUCCCUCAACCACCUCCACAAUCUCAGCACUGAAGAAGCCAUGACCAAUCUGAUCAAGUACCCCGGAAUCGGGCCUAAGACAGCCGCCUGCGUGAUCCUGUUCUGCCUCCAGCGGCCUUGUUUCGCCGUCGACACGCAUAUCUUCAGGCUCUGCCGCUGGCUCGGAUGGAUUCCUGCCCAUGCAAACGAAGUCACUGCCUUCAGUCACCUAGAAGUGCGCGUCCCGGACUACUUGAAGUACUCGCUCCACCAGCUCUUCAUCCGGCAUGGAAAGACCUGCCCCCGGUGCCGAGCUGCUACCGGCGAGUCUAGUGCUGGAUGGGAGGACGGCUGUGUCAUUGAUCAUCUUUUAGCUCGCGACGGGAAGCGCAAAUGCAGCGGCCGGACUAUGGAUAUCAAGAAGAAGUCAGCUGCUAAGAGAGCAGUUGGUAAGCGUAAGAGAAUGAACAAUGACUCCGAAGAGGAGACUGAGGAAAGCGAGGGUUCGAUUUCUGAUGAAACGAGUGACGAGUGA